GGGUGGUAGUGAAUGGCCAGAGCAGAGAGUCACCGAGAAUGAAAGCACGCAACGCUAUAUACGCCGGCUGGGCUGUGGUUGUUUAACCGAAAUGUCACUUGGUACGGUGUGAAUGAGACAACGUGCGACAAGCGGUGCAUACAAUGUAACCUUACAGGGGGGAGGCGGCCUAGAACGGAACGGCGCAAGAUGAUCGGCCUUGGCGAUCUAAUUAGUUGGGGGCGCUAAGGCAGUGGCUUCAACCGCCGUGCCGUCUUGUCCUCCUCAUCCAUAAGCUGUUGCGUAUCAAGGACCCGCGAUAAGCCACGCUGACCGCUGCGUUGGCUCGCCGGGAGGAGUUGGAGGCCCGAGGACCAUGUUGGAUACUUGAUGGUGCCCCCUUCGCGUUCGGCACUGUAACAGAACUCACCAACAAUGGCCUCUGUCACCUUGCUGCUUGCCUGGUGUAUCAGCAUCAGUCUCGCAUCUGCUGCACAUGCCGGCUUCCAUGUCCAAUUCCCGUGGAUGACUCGACGUCCAAAUCCCAAGACUCGACCAGCUAUUACCCAGUAUAAUCCCUUUUGCGGCCAAAUAUUGCGGAACCCUCAGCCCUACGCCCGAAGCUCUCGCAGCUUCCUGUCUUUUUCUGGUCAUCCAGGCGACCUUGUGACAGUCCUUUAUACGCGACAUAGAGUGCCAAGGCGACGAGAUGACUUUUCCCAGACUAUCCUACAGGCGGUACCCAUUCAGCCUUCGGGCCAGCUAUGUGUAAACGUCACAAUACCAUUUCAGACUGAGAUCAACGAGAUGGGUGUCUUAUACUUGGAAGCAACCAAUCCAAAGACAGGUGAUGUGGAAUACCAUUGCUCCGACAUCGAAUUCGUUGAUCUGGGCCAAGAGGCUCUCCCAGAGGAUCAUCCAGCUAUGUGUGCUGCUAACAAUGAGACGAUUAUUCCGAUGCCUGAUGAAUACAUGUAAAAUGCAAGCUUGCAGACUCAGCCGACCUAUGAUGGUUUUAGGUUCUGUCAAGUACUAGCCCAAGGGGAACCAUCAGGAUAAGCUAUAUUAAAGCAAAAUAAAAUCAGAAUGAAACUGUCUUUGAGAGUAUAGCCUGGCAAAAGAGCAAUCUAGUGCUAGU